ACUCCGAAGCGGGAGUCCUGGCUGAGCAGGGCUAGAGUGAAGCCUGGACCAGCGGCUAUGUCUGGGACACGUCCCAGCGGCUGCGCCUCCGAGGGGAAUGGCGCGUAACCGGGGGGAUUUCAGGGGCUGGAAGGAUCGUAGGCUGCGCUCAGGAUCGAGUAACAGGACAGGCCGACAAGAGAACUAGAGAUGCCGGCCUCCGAAUCCUUCCUUCCAAGCUGUGCCAAAGGGAGGAUGUGCCUGAUGGGCAGAAUUCAAAUGAGCUGGACAGCGCUGUGAAGGAGCUGCACACAGGCCCCAGAGCCUUGAGAUGGCACCAAAAACCAAGAAGGGAUUGAGAGGCUCCAUCGAUGAUGUCCUUGGUGACCUCCUGGGAGGUGAGACGACACCGCCUGAGAAGCCUGUUAAACUAGCUUCACGUGCCAGAGACGCCACAGGUGCCGCUCAGGCGCUCCCGGCCUCAAGGGCUAGAACAGAGUCCCUCCUGGAAGAUGAUGCCUUCAGCACCAGGGCAGGCCUGGCAGGAGCUGAUGCUGAGGUUUCAGACAUCUCCGAUGCAGACCCACAGGCUCUGCUUCAGGCCAUGAAGGACCUGGAUGAAAUGGAUGCUGACCUCUUAGGUCUGAAGAAGUCUAAUCUGGCCUCAAGCAGAAGGUCUGCAAAGGGUUCUGGGAAAGAAGAGCAGCCUAGUCCUCUUAAACCUGCUGGUGUGUCAACAGCCCAUGAGAAAGGAGAUGCCAUUCCCACCAAAAAGCUACCUCCCUCUCCCACCAGCUUUGGGCAUCAGUACAGGAAUUUCUCCUUUGAAGACUUGGAAGACCCAUUGGCAGGACUUCUCUCUGAUGGUGAGGAAGGAAUCGCCAAGAAGCUGCCCGGGACAGAGAGUAAAACAGCUUCUGUGAAGAGCCCAGCCCCGGUCAGAGAUCAAGGGCCCUCUAUGCCUGUAACUCCUGGGGACACUCCAAUCCGAAAGAAAGAAGAGUUGCUCUUUGAUGAUGGCGACGACAUCAUGGCCACCCUGGGGUUUGGAGACAGCCCCAAAGCAGAGAGGCGGCACACGGGAGACCAGGAAGGGCCCCUCCCUGCCCGCUCCAAGCUGGAUGAGCUGCUGGGUCGGGGCACUGCCGCCAAAUUCCUGGCCCGCCCGGGCACUGGGGAGCACAGGGAGUUCAAACUGGACAAGAAGUACCCGCGCCCACAGGACAGAGAAGACACUUGGGGUGAUGAGGACGUCACCUUUGGGGCCUAUCAGCCUACUGUGGGCUCCUCUGAGGGCCGGCCGUCCCGCCGGCAGUCCGUCAGUAGGUUCUUAGAAGGCGGCACAGACCCCAGGGGAGAACCGGGCUCCAGACAGAGCACCCCAGCGGCCUCCAGCCCCACCCAGCCCAGGAAGGGAGGCGCCGACUGGCUCGGUCUCAAGGACGACGGCUUGGACCUGCUCCCUCCCUCCCCGACCAGGGAGGCUUCCAGGGGACCCCCUCCCACCAGCCAGCAUUCUGCCCCCAGCCGCCACUCUGCCCAAGGCGGGCUGCCCUCCUCCUUGGGGGCAAAGCCACCAACCAAGGGUACCGGUUCCCCCGCCAAAGGCAGCCAGGCUUCCCAACCAGGAGCAUCUGAGGAGAAGGAGGAGGAAGACUGGCUGAGCCACGCCCUGUCUCAGAAGAAGUCCCAAGGUCUGGCCAGAGAGGCGCGCGCUGCAGUCUCAAAGGGCCAGCACACUGUGGGGGCAGCAGGCCGGCCCCCUUCCGGCAGCCUGUCGGCUGCCAGCACCCAAGGGCUCGAGCCAGCAGCCCCUGGGGGGACCCCAGGAACAGCAACACAGAGACCACCCGCCCAGCCUGCCACCUUGGGGUCCCCUGUGACUUGGAACCAGGCCGCCUUGGCCCUCCAUGCAGGUGACCCCAAGAGGGCAACGGCCCCAGGAGACCGCUCUGGCACUGAGCCGGCAGUCGGUUUCCCAAGCUCCCAGGAACCCCCAGGGCUCUCUGUGCCUGUCCAGUCCCUGCUUCCAGAGUCCCUGGCCUGGAGCCUGCUGCCCAGCUCCGAAUACCAGCAGCAGCUCCUGGCGGCACAGGCUCAGCUCCAGAGCGGCACUGCCGAGCUCCAGGCCAACCUGCUGCAGAGUCAGGCCCGGCUGGCAGAGCUCGAGGCCCAGGUGCGGAAGCUGGAGCUGGAGCGGACACAGCACAAGCUGCUGCUGGAAAGUUUGCAGCAGCGGCACCAGGCAGACCUGGAGCUCAUCGAGAGCGCCCACAGGAGUCGAGUCAAGGUGCUAGAAACAUCAUACCAGCAACGGGAAGAGCGGCUGCGGAGAGAGAACGAGGAGCUGUCCGCCCAGUAUCUGUCGCACUGCCAGGAGGCCGAGCAGGCCCGCUCUGAGCUCACAGCCCAGCACCAGCGGCGCUUGGCAGCCGCCACGCAGGAAAAGGACCAGGAAAUGGAGCGGCUCCGGGAGCUGCAGCGGGCCUCCAUCCUGGAGAUGCGCAAGGACCACGAGGAGCAGCUGCAGCGGCUGAAACUGCUGAAGGACCGGGAGAUCGACGCCGUCACCAGCGCCACCUCCCACACGCGGUCCCUGAAUGGCAUCAUCGAGCAGAUGGAGAAGUUCUCCAGCAGCCUGCACGAGCUGUCCUCCCGGGUGGAGGCCUCGCACCUCAGCACUGCCCAGGAGCGGGAGCUGGGCAUCCGGCAGCGGGACGAGCAGCUCCGAGCCCUGCAGGAGAGGCUGAGCCGGCAGCAGCGGGACAUGGAGGAAGAACGGAGCCAGCUCCAGGAGGUCAUCGGGAAGAUGGAGGCGCGCCUGAGCGAGCAGAGCCGGCUGCUGGAGCAGGAACGCUGGCGGGUCAACGCCGAGCAGUCCAAGGCCGCGUCCACGCAGCGCGCUCUGGAGGAGCAGAAGAAGGUCAUGGUCCAGCAGAUCUCCAUGGAGCGGGAGGAGCUGGAGAGGGCCAAGAGCGCCUUGCUGGAGGAGCAAAAGUCCGUCAUGCACAAGUGCGGGGAGGAGCGGCGGCGCCUGGCGGCCGAGUGGGCCGAGUUCUUUGCACAGCAGAAGCUGAGUAAGGAGCGGGCCGAGCGCGAGGCGGAGCGGGCGCUGCAGGUGGACACCCAGCGGGAGGGCACCCUCAUCAGCCUCGCCAAGGAGCAGGCAGAGCUGAAGAUCAGGGCAAGUGAGCUGCGGGCCAGAGAGGAGCAGCUGGCGGCCGAGAGGGAGGCUCUAGAGCGGGAGCGGCAGGAGCUGCGGCUGGAGAAGGAGAGGCUCAGCGCCGCCGCCCAGCGCAUCAGGCUGCGUGCGGAGGAGGUGGAGAGCAUGAGCCAGGUGGCCUCGCAGAAGUAUGAGGAGGGGGAGCGGGCGCUGCGCGAGGCCCGGCAGGUGCAGUCAGAGCAGCAGGCGCGGCUGCAGCAGGUGCAGCGGCAGCAGGAGCGGCUGCGGCAGCAGGAGCUGCACGUGCACCAGGAGCAUCUGAGUCUGGCCCAGCAGCGGCUGCAGCUGGAUCAUGUCCGACAGGACCUGCCCUCCGGCCCCGCGGGGCUGUUCUCCAGGGCCCAGGGCCCGGCAGCCUCUGGCCUGAGUGCCAUCGUGGCUCCCACCCCUCCCAGUCCUCAGUGCAGCCAGCUGCCAGCCAGCCUGGGCUCCUCGCACCUCCAUGCCAAGCUGGUGCUGCUGAAACACACAGCUGAGCAGGACCACGACUUCCUGGAGAACGAACAGUUCUUCCUGGAGACCCUGAAGAAAGCCUCCUACAACAUGACAUCCCAUUCAGCCUGAAGGCCCCACUGCUUCCUGAGCAGAGGCCUCAGACCCUGGGUCUGUCCCACUGCCCACUGGCUGCCAGCUCCAAGCAGGGAUGCCCAGGAGAGCCCUGCGAUGCCCAGGGCCUGAUUCCAGCUCUUCCUGUGGACGGGGUACCAGCGCAUUCUUUCCGAGUGCUCCGCCUGCGGCGGAGGCAGGCAGGCGCCCCCGUGCCGCUCAGACUCGACAGAAGGCAGCAGCCCCUGGGGAGACGCGAUGCUGAGGGCUUCUCAGCCCCACGACACUGUUAGUGAUGGCUUUGCUUCUCCUGCCCCACAGACGUCUGGCUCAGGGUCUGGCUGGGCUCUGUGGACCCCUCGGCCCCUCAGCCCAUAAAGGGUUUGGGGAUCUUUUCGCCUGGGCCUCUUCUGGGGUGGGGGGGUCUUCUCGACCCCCUUGCCCAAGGAGCCUGCUGCCCUCCCUGCGAGGCCAGCAGAGAGAGCGUGUCCCCUAAUGGGGACAUAGAGUCGGGCCACACAUUUUAAAGGGCCUUCUAGCCCCCUGGCUGGAGGGGCAGGGAGGGUGCCACGUCUGGCAGCUUUUACCUCACAGACGAGCAUGCUCUGGGACUCAGCCAGCCCUUCCUGCUCUCAGGCUGGCACACAGAGCCCCCACCUCGUUCCCAGCUGCCGGGGCAACGGACUCGCUGGCACAGACACUGGCCUUAUCGGCUUCUUCUAAUGCUCUCCCGGGAGGCAGAGAGGGGGCUGCGGGUGACAGUGGGUUGUGGGGGAGGACAGAAGGCUUUUCUCCGUGCUGUUCACUUCCCACAAAACCACAGCUGGCGGGAAUGAAGAUGACAGAGCAAGAGCCCCCGCCCCGGAGGAUACAGGGCACCGGGGACCGGGAGGGGCCGCACCCCGGCUACUGCCCCAGGUGGGAGGAUUUGCUCCUCUCCACAUGCGGGCAGUGGGUCAGAGCCAGCCAGAGGGGCGCCAGGAGAGGAGUGGGAGGAUGGGUAGUUGUCUCCCUCAGACCCAAGGACUCAGCUAAUAAAAUCACAAUUACCUCUACAGCGGCUUCUCUCACCUCCCACCAGAGGGAGCCGUCUGGGGGACAGGAAGGUGGGGGAGAGGGCAGUGCUGAGUGGGGCGUGAGCGGGCACAGGUGCACGUCUGCGUUUGCAGAACCGCUUUCAGAGGGCUCUCAUGUUCAUACAGCCUUCAUCUUGGACCCACUCCCUUGCUAUAUUCUUUUUUUUUGGUGGGGGGGCCGCAAGGCUUGUGGGAUCUUAAUUCCCCAACCAGGGAUUAAACCUGGGCCCUCAGUAGUGAAAGCUCUGAGUCCUAACCACUGGGCCAACAGGGAAUUCCCUAAAUUGCUAUAUGCUUAAUGAUUGGAUUCUUAGAAUUUUCCAUGGUUCAUCAGAGUUGGAACCUAUUUCUUGGAAAUGUUUGCUCUGUAGAGCUGUUAUUUGCUGUAAAACUGGCCAGGGCUGGGACCCUCCAGCCCCGCACUCCGCUGGCUGGACCAGGCAGGAGAAGGGUGUGAUUAUCACCCGUACUUCACAGACGAAGGGACUGGGACUCAGAAGUUAAAUAAUCUGCCAAAGGUGACCCAGCAAAUAGCAGAAGCUGGGUUUGAGUUCUGCUUGGACAGAUUCCAAAGCCCCAGGCGCGCAGCCACUUCGCUGCUGCGCACAGCGCUUCUGUGAAGUAGCUCCCCAAGCUUCUGCUCGAGGUGGUACCCACACCAAGGAGGGAAGCAGCCGUGUCCCAUGAGAAACCUUGCUGAAGCUUGGAAUUCAAUCCUCUCAGAAUACACUUAGCAAAUUCCACCUGUGUGAAGAGCCGGAGGGGGGGUCUAAGGUUGGGCACAGCCUGGGAGCAGCUGGCACUUAAGCAGUCACCUGACAGACAUGUGGGUGAUCACAGGCGUGUGCUGGGGGAGGGUGCACGGAGCCCCAGCAAGAAUGAGUUUAGAAUUAGGGGGCAGGCCGAUGAGGCUCUGUAUGCCUUUUUAAAAUUUGGAUUUUUAUCUUCAGGCUAAUGGGUAUUCAUUGAAGGGUUUUAAACAGGGUGAAAGCAUAUUUGCAUUUUAGAAAACCUGUUGUGGCUGUGGGUGGAGAACAGACCGACUGGAGGGGGCAAGAGUAGGGACAGGGAAGCGGGCAGGAGGCUGCCUUGGCGUAGGGGAGACAGGGCAGCACUGCACCAGGCACGGCACUGGAGGACCCGGUGCCUGACAUGCAGGCAGGGUCAGGAAGGAGGACGUGUCAAGGAAGACCCCCAGGUUUCUGCCUUGGACAACUGGGUGCCCACAGAAGAGCCAAGUAGAGACUUCCACGGGCACUUAGUUAUGAUGACACUUUACCCAGUGCCCCGGCAGUAAGGUGUGGCAGGUGGCUUACUCACCCCCUUUCCAUUAACUUUCUCCCGGGCCACACACGGGAGGCGACUGCACACAGGAGCUAUCUUACGUAACUGCUGACCUUUCUUUUUCCCUUCAAAAUUAUAAACAACUCUUCAAGGUCAUAUCUGAGAUGUUCCGUGUAGAAAGAGAAAUAUUGGUGCAAAGUAAGGAUGAUAAAAGACAAAAGACGGUGGUGGGGCUAAUACUUCCAGCUUCAAGAGUUAUUCAUGUUUAUUGUUUGCUUCAAGUUGAUAGAAGUGGGAAUCCCUGCUAGGCCUUUCAAACAGUUAAAUCCCAGCGAGCCCCACUCUUAGAGGGUUCCAGGACAGUGAGAGAACAGGAAUGUUUUUCAAAAGUAAGCACUAAUGGAGACAUAGGGGCCAUCUGAUUGACCAGCAAGCCCUGUGCCUCUGCCCCUGGAGGUCCCAUGAGUCUUCAUUUCUAGAGGAGCAGGCUGGGGUGGGGGUGGGGUUAGAGGCCUGUAGAAGAGGAUUCAGAAACAAGGAAAAGAUAAAAUAGCAAAGGAGGCCAGAUUUAAACACACUCAGGACAUUAAGAAGAUAAGAACCCCUGUACUCCUCCCAGCCUGAAGCACCAAACCCGUCUGCUUACAGCCUUCAGCUCUGCUGUUCGAUCAGCAGGAUUUCACAGAUCAAUAAGCAAUGAUUCCUUAAGGGCUGGACUGGAUCCUUCUGGCCUUAACAUAUAGCAGCUGUGCACUGAUGGCCGAAUUGGCAGUGAAGGUGAGUUUAGCUGUUUGGCGGCCGUUUAUGAAAACCAAACUCAAGGUAUGGCCACUUCCUGCUGAGACCCCUCACCCCAUGUCAGUGUGAAUGUGAGGGUCAAGCUUCUGCUAGUACCAGUGCAACUGAAUGGGUCACCAGCCCUGGUUGGGACAUCACAGAAGGGUCUAGGAGGUAGCCAAGCAAUAGGGGGAAAGGUAAGGAGUGCAGGUCAAAAGUGACAGCAUGUGCAAAGGUCCUGUGCCAGGGGGAGAAAUGUGCUAAGUGAAAAAUGUGAAACUGAAUCCCUGUAAAACCAUGUUCCCUUGCCGAGUUUACGAUUCAUCCCUCUAACCAAAACUUUAUUCCCUUUCUUGUCCCCUCUAACCUCAAUCCUGUGCUAACUGAACAGUAAUCAACCCGAGUCAGAUGACUAAAACUGCUGCUGUUGAUAAAGUCGUUAAUAUACUAAAAUUGCUAUUACAGAUAUCACUGUUAACGGGCAAACUCAAGUUGUUUCUCCAGGGCCAGAUGAGCUAACAGACCCCCAAGCCAUGGACCACCGAGCCAGAGAGUCAUAAACCAGAAACAUCCUGAUUCCCAAAACUUCGAUUAAGAAACGUAGGGACUUCCCUGGCAAUCCAGUGGUUGACUCCCCCUUCCAAUGCAGGGGGUUAGGGUUCAAUCCCUGGUUGGGGAGCUAAGAUCCCAUAUGCCUUUCCAUCAAAAAACCAAAACAUAAAACAGAAGCAAUAUUGUAACAAAUUCAAUAAAGACUUAAAAAAUGGUCUAUAUUAAA